CUCGCCACCUCAGUCUCGGCGUUCGCCACCCUCAGUCUGCUCUCUCUGAAGAAGUUGCACGCUCUCUCUCUUUCUUCUGGCCCUCCUCAGUCUCCAUGGCUUGCUUUCAAAGAGUUGUAACUUCUUCUUUGUUGCUUAUGAUCACUCUGCUCUUGGGCUUCUCAGAAGCUAAAGAAAUUCUGAUUGGUGGGAAAACAGAUGCAUGGAAAAUCCCAUCUUCUGAAUCUGAUUCUCUAAACAACUGGGCUGAAAGUGCUCGUUUUCGCAUUGGCGACUCUCUUGUGUGGAAGUACGACAGUCAAAAGGACUCGGUGUUGCAAGUGACUAGGGAGGCUUACCUUAGCUGCAAUACCUCAAACCCAAUUGAAGAGCACAAGGACGGGAACACCAAGGUGAAACUCGAUCGAUCCGGGCCAUUCUAUUUCAUCAGUGGAGCAGGGGGGCACUGCGUGAAGGGCCAGAAGUUGAUUGUGGUAGUGCUGUCUCAAAGGCACAGGUACACUGGCAUUUCUCCAGCUCCUUCCCCAGAAGAGUUUGAGGGUCCUGCAGUUGCCCCAACUAGUGCCGCUACAAGCUUGAAAGGCAGCUUGGUGGUGUCACUGGGACUUAUGCUUUGGGGUUUGUUUUGAUGAGAGAAUUCCUGGGCUUGGAAGGAUUUUUGUUUCCUAUUUUAUUACAGUAAUGAGGGUAUUGCCAGCUGCUUAAAUUUUUAAUUUAUGGUAGGGAAAUUUGGAGUUUUCCUUUACGAAGUUUUUUUUUUUCCUUGAUAGUUGAGCAUGGAUUAUGUAGAGACCGACAUCAAUAUUGAUAUGGUAUUCAUUUUA